AUGGACUUCGAUGUCGAAUACGAAAGGUAUGUUCCGAAGAGUUUCCCCAAAGACUUGAUCCAACAGGCAGUCAAUUAUAAGCCUAUGGAUAACGACGUGUUUAUCGUCUCGUAUCCCAAAUGUGGCACAACUUGGACUCAACAGAUCCUAUACCUACUGCUCAACGAUGGUGUUCCGCCUAAUAAGACAAUCCUAUUCAGCAAAUCCAUACCAUUCCUCGAGUUAUGCGCACCGGAAGCGCCCCGGGAUAGGGAUCGGCACCUCAUUAGGGGUUUCAAGACACACCUACCGUCCCAUUUAGCGCCGUACGACAAGUGCGCGAAAUACAUAUAUUGCGACUUCCCUCUACUCCCGUGCCAUGACUUCAAUGGGUUCUUCAAAUUAUUCAUGAGUGGACAGACAGGUUAUGGCGAUUAUUUUGAUCACCUAAUGGGUUGGUAUGAACGGCACCGACACUCAGAUAAUGUACUUAUCGUACACUUCGAGGACCUGAAGGCAGAUCUCGAGGCGGAAGUGAAACGAAUCGCGCGAUUCAUAAGCGAUGACUCGUAUGAGAGACUCGUUUCUCAUAAAACUUUCGCCGAAAAUGUGUUAAAGUUUUCGACAUUUGAUUUCAUGAAGACGUCGACCAAUGAACACAUGAAACAGUUCUUUGAGAUGAGUGUCAACGACAUGGAAAGAGAUGACCAGAUAUUGGAUGGAUUUAAGGACGCGUUUCGCGGUAUUAAGACCGAGAAGACGGUUAAUAUCGCACCGGAAGUCAAUCACAUUCGUAAGGGAAUUGUCGGUGACUUUAGGACACACUUUACUGCCCAACAAAAUAAGGCAAUGAAUGAUAAGAUUUGA